AUGUGGAGGGUGAUGGUGAUUUCGUCGACACCAAAGAGAUUUGUUCAUCGGAGUCUUGUCCAGAGAGGUAAUUUUUACGGUUUCCGUUGCUGGAUACGAGCUUUCUCAGGUCUUAGUGAUGAUUACAGAGAGAUUUUGAGAAGUGGGCUUCGUGAUAUAAAGCUAGACGAUGCCGUUGAUUUGUUCGGUGAGAUGGCCAAGUCUCGUCCACGCCCUUCCAUUAUUGAGUUCAGUAAAUUGCUGAGUGCCAUUGCCAAGAUGAAGAAGUUUGAUGUUGUCAUCUCUCUCGGCGAGAAGAUGCAAAUGUUAGGGAUUGCACAUAAUGACUAUACUUACAGUAUUUUGAUUAACUGUUUCUGCCGCCGCUCUGAGCUCUCUUUUGCUUUAGCUAUUCUUGGGAAGAUGAUGAAACUCGGAUAUAAGCCUGACAUUGUCACGCUUAACUCGCUUCUCAAUGGUUUCUGUCGUCACGGUAAGAGGAUUUCUGAUGCCGUAGCUUUGGUUGAUCAAAUGGUUGAAAUGGGAUAUCAACCCAACACCGUCACAUUCAAUACCCUUAUCCAUGGCCUGUUUCUCCACAACAGAGUCUCUGAAGCUGUGGCUUUACUUGAACGGAUGGUUGUGAAAGGGUAUCAACCAGAUCUGAUUACUUACGGUGCGGUAAUAAACGGAGUAUGUAAGAGAGGGCAUACUGAUUUGGCUUUGAAUCUGCUCAAGAAGAUGGAAGCGGAAAGAAUGGAGGCUGAUGUUGUGAUCUACAGCACUAUUAUGGAUGGUCUCUGCAAACACAAACAUGUGAAUGACGCACUCGACCUAUUCAGUGAGAUGGAGAGCAAAGGGAUUAGACCUGAUGUUUAUACCUACAGCUCACUCAUAAGCUGCCUUUGGAAGCUUUUGGAGGCCGAAGAAUUGUACGAGGAGAUGAUCAGAAGGUCUAUAGAUCCUACUACUAUCACUUACGGUUCACUUAUAAACGGGUUUUGCUUGCAAGAUCGUCUAGAGGAGGCCAAGCAGAUGUUUGCUUUGAUGGUUAGCAAGGGUUGUCUCCCAGAUGUAGUGAUAUAUAAUACUCUCAUAAAUGGAUUUUGCAAGUCUAAGAGGGUAGAUGAUGCUAUGGAACUCUUCCACGGGAUGUCUCGAAGAGGAAUGAGUGGAGACACAGUCACUCACAACACUCUCAUCAAAGGGUUUUUCCAAGCUGGAGAUUGUGAGAAUGCCCAGCAAGUUUUCAAACAGAUGGUUUCUGCUGGUGUCCCUCCUGAUACUAUGACUUGCAACAUUCUCUUGGAUGGGUUUUGUAAAAAUGGGAGGCUUGAGAAAGCACUGGUCAUAUUCCAGGAUCUGCAGCAAAAGAGUGAAAUGGCACUCAAUAUUGUCACAUAUAAUAUUAUGAUUGAAGGGAUGUGCAAGGCUGGUAAAGUGGAAGAUGCUUGGGAUUUAUUCAAUAGUCUCUGCCUCAAAGGAGUGGUGAAGCCUGAUGUUGUAACCUACAAUACAAUGAUCUCAGGGUUUUGUGGGAAAGGCUUAAAGCAAGAAGCGGAUGCCUUGUUCAGAGAAAUGAAAGAAGAUGGGCCUCUCCCAAAUGACUGUACCUAUAAUACGCUGAUCAGGGCACAUCUUAGAGAUGGUGACAAAGACUCAUCAGCCGAACUCAUCAAGGAAAUGAGAAGCCGUGGCUUCUGUGGGGACGCUUCAACGAUAAGUUUGGUCGGGAAUAUGUUGUGUGAUGGGAGAUUACACAAAAGCUUUCUCGAGAUGCUUAGUUCAUCCGCGAGAGAAAUUGUCGAGCAACCCUGUUCCGAUCAGUGA